GAGACUGGACUUCCCGGAAGUGAUUCUCCGGAAGCAGCAUGGCUGCUGUCCUGACCUGGCUAUCUGCUCGCUGAACCACUAACACCAUGCAGUCAGAUGAUGUUAUCUGGGAUACACUAGGAAACAAGCAAUUUUGUUCCUUCAAAAUCAGAACCAAGACUCAGAGUUUUUGUAGAAAUGAAUACAGUUUGACUGGACUGUGUAAUCGGUCAUCCUGUCCCCUGGCAAAUAGUCAGUAUGCCACUAUCAAAGAAGAGAAAGGACAGUGCUAUCUGUAUAUGAAGGUUAUAGAACGAGCAGCUUUCCCUAGGCGUCUCUGGGAACGGGUCCGUCUUCAUAAAAACUAUGAGAAAGCACUGGAACAAAUAGAUGAAAAUCUAAUUUACUGGCCUCGUUUCAUUAGACACAAAUGUAAGCAGAGAUUCACCAAGAUCACCCAGUACCUAAUUCGAAUUCGAAAACUUACAUUAAAGCGACAGAGGAAACUUGUUCCUUUGAGUAAGAAGGUGGAACGGAGGGAAAAAAGAAGAGAGGAAAAGGCAUUGAUAGCUGCUCAGCUGGACAAUGCUAUCGAAAAGGAAUUGCUGGAGAGACUCAAACAAGAUACGUAUGGCGAUAUCUACAACUUCCCCAUCCAUGCCUUUGAUAAGGCCCUGGAGCAGCAGGAGGCAGGGAGUGACUCUUCAGAUGCUGAGGAAAAAGACGAAGAAGAUGAAGAAGAUGUGGGGAAAAGAGAGUUUGUGGAAGAUGAUGAAGUGGAUGAGAGUGACAUAAGUGACUUUGAGGAUAUGGAUAAACUGGAUGCCAGCAGUGAUGAAGAUCAGGAUGAUAAAUCCUCCACUGAGGAAGAGGAAAAGGCCCUUGAUGCCAAAUACAAAGGCAAAACACCUCUGAAAGGACCUUUGAGGAGGAAACGAGCAUAUGUGGAAAUAGAAUAUGAGCAGGAGACAGAGCCUAUGGCUGAGGCCAAAGCCACGUGAUUUCCCUGCAGACAUUUAUAAACAGGACUGCACAUUUUGAACUUCUUCCCUUUUUUUUUAUCUUAAACACACAUACACCUCCAGUUUUUGCUCUUUAUCUUUUUAGCACAAUAUUCAUGCUUUUUAUAUUUAUGCUACUUCUCUGGGGCAAAAAAUCUAGGAGGGGAUGGAGAAGAGUUUAAGUUGUGAACAGAGUAUUUUUAUAGCAUUGGCACACGUGCUGAAGUAACAGUUUGAGCCCAAGAAGCUUAACAGAUGAGUCUGUGGGUAUAAAUAUUUUUAAAUUUUAAAUGCCACCCACCCGUUUUCUUGGUGUCCUCCCCUCUGCAUGGGAGCAUACGCACAGACACACACACACACACACACCCUGCUUUAUUGAGAAAUAUCCAGACUUCAAUUCUCCUUUCCCUACUUCUAUGGGAAUAAAAAGAAAAAAGGAUAAAGAAGAUCUAAAUUACAAUAUUUACUGUAAAUAUACCUUUUUCCUUAGAUAAUUGCAUUUAAAACAAGUGGAAUAGAAAGAAAAUCCUUUUGUCUUUAGCAAAGUGAUGUAAGUCUUAAGUUGCGUCAUAGGGAGUGCUUUCAGAAACCUGCUGCACUUUCCGGAUGCAGUUCAUCACCUUACUGUCUUCACAGCUUUGGGAGAUUUUAGCCAGGAGACCCUGAAACAUGAAACCAAACAGGCUUUGAUUUUUUUGUGGGGGAGGGGUGUUAUUUCUUUUUCUUUUACCUUGGCUGUUUUUUCUUGAUACCAGGAAAGAAUGGAUGCUGCCAGGGCACAAUCUGCAGAACAAGUGUAACUUUAGAAACUGUUGGCACAUUUCUAAAUGUCCUGCUGGCUCAUGAAGAAACUGCUUAAUGCUGGCCAAGAUGAAUCAGAUUAGAUCUAGGGCUUGAAAACUGCAAGAUUAAAAACCUGAGAUGAAAUAAUUUGAAUAAACUAGUAAUAAACCAUACUAUCCUUAA